GGUCAUUAAAAAAUCUUAGAAGAUUCUAAUAUCUCUAGUCAAGCGGCGAGCGUGACUGCAACCGUUCCUCCUCCUCCGUCGCUUUUUUUUUUCCUCUUCACACAAAAAAAAAAAAAACCAAAGCCGCACGCGUGCUCUCCACGCGCUUCCACACUCUCCUCCUCUCUCCGAUCAUCGCAUCGAUUACCUUCUCCAUCUCCGGUAACAAUUGUCUCCACCGUCUCCUAUCCCUAGAACAAUUCCCCAGUGUCUCACUCUCAAUCUCAAAAUCCUAAUUAGGGUUUGUCACUGAAACCGCCACCAGAUUUGGCUCAAUCGUAACAUGUGAUUGCUGUUACAAACCACGAACAAACAAUGGUUGAUAACAGUAACAACAAGAAGAGGAAAGUGUUCAUCAGUGAAGCAGACAUCGCCACUCUUUUGCAGAGAUAUGAUACUAUAACGAUAUUGAAGUUGCUACAAGAAAUGGCGUAUUAUGCAGAUACAAAGAUGGAUUGGAAUGAGUUAGUGAAGAAGACAAGUACUGGAAUUACUAAUGCUAGAGAGUAUCAGUUAUGGCGGCAUCUUGCUUAUAGAGAUUCUCUAGUCCCUGUUGAAAAUAAUGCUCGGCUUCUGGAUGAUGAUAGUGAUAUGGAGUGUGAAUUGGAAGCUUCCCCUGCAGUCGGUGUUGAUGUAGUAACGGAAGCUGUUGCGCAUGUGAAAGUGAUGGCUGCUUCCUAUGUGCCAAGUGAGUCCGAUAUUCCCGAAGACUCAAUGGUUGAGGCUCCCUUGACCAUUAACAUACCUUACGGCCUGCAUAGGGGGACUCAGGAACCAUCAGACUCGUAUUGGUCAGCAAGAGGGAUGAAUAUCACCUUUCCUGUUUUUCUACCGAAAGCAGCUGAAGGACAUAAUGGAAAUGGGUUAGCCAGUAGCUUGGCUCCUCGGAAGAGAAGAAAAAAAUGGUCAGCUGAGGAGGAUGAGGAGCUGAUUGCUGCUGUGAAGCAACAUGGUGAAGGCAGCUGGGCCCUUAUCUCUAAGGAAGCAUUUGAAGGAGAGCGAACAACCUCACAACUCUCACAGCGGUGGGGGGCUAUAAGGAGAAGGAUUGAUACUUCAAACACUUCUAACCAAACUGGCCUACAGCGAACAGAAGCACAAAUGGCUAAUCGUGCAGUAUCUUUAGCGGUGGGAAAUCGGCUUCCCUCAAAAAAACUUGCAGUAGGUAUAACUCCAAUGCUUUCAUCCGGUACCAUCAAGGGGGCACAAGCCAAUGGUGCCAACAGUGGUAGUACAUUGCAACGUCAACAACUGUCUCAGCCACAAAUUCAAGCAUUGCCACGGGCAACAACAUCAGCGCCAGGUGCAAAAUCUCGAGUUCCUGCAAAGAAAACAACAGGGAAUUCCACUUCGAAAGUGGAACUAAUGGUAACAGCUAAUUCAGUAGCUGCUGCAGCCUGUAUGUCUGGCCUGGCAACCGCUGUAACAGUGCCUAAGAUUGAACCAGGAAAGAAUGCUAUUUCAGAGUUGGUGCCGAAGGCUGAACCCGUAAAAACCGCUUCCUCAGCCUCUUUGCCUCGCCCUUCAGGUAUAUCAUCAGCACUGAAUGCUGAGCCUGUAAAAAAUGCUGUGGCAGCCUCUUUGCCUCGUCCAUCAGGGAUUAUAUCAGCACCAAAGGCUGCGCCUGUAAAAACCGCCGCUUCUGCAGCCUCUUUGCCUCGUCCAUCAGGUAUUAUAUUAGCACCAAAGGCUGAGCCUGUAAAAACCACCGCCUCUGCACCCUCUUUGCCUCGUCCAUCAGGUAGUAUAUCAGCACCAAAGGCUGAGCUUGUAAAAACCGCCGCUUCUGCAGCUCCUUCACCUCGUCCAUCAGGUAUUAUACAAGCACCAAAGGCCGAGCCUGCAAAAACCGCCGCUUCUGUAGCCUCUUUGCCUCGUCCAUCAGGUAUUAUAUCAGCACCAACUGCUGAGCCUGUAAAAACCGCUUCUGUAGCCUCUUUGCCUCGUCCAUCAAGUAUUCUUUCAGCACCAAAGGCUGACCCAGUAAAGAGUGUUCCGGCUGCUGCCACUAACACUAAAGCGGUUGGACCUUUGAAUUUAAGGCAUGCAGUUAAUGGAAGCCCAAACCACACAAUAUCUUCAUCACCAUUUAAUAAGCCUUCACUUAUGGCUCCUCUCUCCAAAGGGUCUACAAUCCCGAAUAAUUUAGUUCCUCCUAGUUUUGCAUCGUCAAGGUUGGUUCCCACACAGAGAGUUCCUGCAGCUACUGUUAUGCCACAAAAGCCAAGUGUGGUAGCCGCAGCUACUGUUAUAAAGCCACGAAAGCCAAGUGUGGGAGCAGCAGUUACCGUCUCUUCCAAGCCGGUUGGUGUACAAAAAGUGCAAACUCAGGGAAACAGAGCAAGCCCCAUGGUUACAACAACACUUCCGCCAAAUAAAACCAUCCCAGCAAAUUCAGUGAUUAGCACAGCAAGAGUGGUGGGUGCUAAAGUGGAGACUCCUCCUAGUCUUAUGCCUAAGAAAAAUCAAGUAGUUGGCAGUUGCGCCGAUAAAAGUUUGUUGGAUAAACCACCUGAGAUAGAAAGUAGUACCACGGUGUCACCUCUAGCUGAAGCUGCAACUGAAUCAAAACCCAAAGAUGAAGCGACCAUGACCGGGACCGGGCAGAAGGAGUUGUAGUUCUAGUUCAUUUACUGCAUUGUUUUUGAGCUUUCAUUAAUGUGUUUUUCUUAGGACUCGGGACAAUAAUAUGAUGAUGUACAGUAGGACCUCCAAAUAUAAGGUUCUUACUACUAAUUAGUAAUAUGAAUUUAAAUAUA